UCUCCGCCUGAGGGACGAGCAGCCUGCGGCAUAGAAACACCGUGCAGCAGUCUUACUUCACUCGUCCCAAAACAAAAACGCUGCGUAAUAAAGCUGAAUUCAAACACGGCGGCAGCAACACUCGGGGAUCCAGACUCGACUCGAGAAAAUAAAGCAAGAAGGAGAAGUAGAGAUUUCAGCUUUUCUGGAGUUUUUGAGGGAACAAAAUGUCUAAACCUAAUUACUCAGGCACGUUUCAUAUGGUGGAUCAGGUUAAUAUGGACGCCUACCUCGCAGCUUUAGAUAUUAAUUUUGCCCUGAGGAAGAUUGUGUGUCUGUUGAAGCCCUCCAAAGAGAUAAGCCAUGAAGUGGCCACAGGGGCCAUGAAGAUCCGCACUCUCACCACCUUCAAGAACUUCAACAUGGAUUUCACUAUCGGUGAAGAAUUCACUGAAGACCUGAGACCAGUGGACGGUCGUACCUGUCAGACUACAGUGAACUGGGAGGGAGAUAACCUGGUUUGUGUACAGCGAGGAGAGAAAGAUGGACGAGGCUGGACACACUGGCUGGAGGGUGACAAGCUGCAUUUGGAGAUGAGAGUUCAAGGGAUCGUUGCCAAGCAAGUCUUCAAGAAGGCUGAUUGAAAUAACUGAAAAUCAGUUUUAGUUAAACAAUCAAGAGAAUACAGUUAAAGGGAUACUUUGCCUAUUUUCAUCCAGCUUUGUACCAUAGCAAUGUGGGUACUACUAUGUGUAAAUGAAGCGUUAUUAUGGAACCCAUGCAACUUCUAGGGCAAGACCCGCCCUUCAAUAGCAUACACACUCUCCUAUUGGCCAAGCGUCCAUGCUUACGCAAGGUAACGGAACCCAAUUUCUUCAGGUCCUCACACCCGACCAGUCGGCUAUCCUAACCUAAACUACUAGAGGUCAAUGCCUAACCCCGGCCAAUCAGGCUGCAUCGUAGGGCGGGACUUGCCAAGAAGUAGCGUGGGAUCCAUAAUAAUGCGUUAAUGAACUAUGGUAAACUUCCCCUUGAUCUUGGCGGCUCCCAGAUUUCCGUGCUCAUCUCCCAUUAAAAGGCCAGCGAAAGAUGCAUUUUGUUGCCACUUUAUCUCUCUCGCGCUAAUUUAGACAGAACUAAGUUUAAACUGUGAAACUAGCCAGUGUUGUUCAAAUAAACAAAGACGUACAACCUACUCACCUAGAUGUUUUUCAGAAAUAUCUUUUAGCUUACC